AAUUUACUCAACUUUUGGUUAAUGAAGUUUACUCCUUGUGUUUACUCAACUUGUGUAAAGUUUAGCGAAAGUGGGUAAAUGUUACUAAACUUUUUACUAAACUUCACCCAACUUUUCUGAACUGGGAGCUGUGUUGGACGCUGUUGGAUUGUAGAGGGUCUUGAAUAGGAAUUUGGUUUCCGUUUGUUUCAGGGCCGCACUUCCCACUUGGCCCACGGGACCCAUUAACAAAUAGGGGCCCAAAGAAGUUUUAGGAAGUUAAAUAUGGUAACAUCGGGUUUCGUUUGCACGCGUUCUUAUCAGUGCGCAAAUGCAUAACCUUAGCGUGUGCAAUCUUCAAAAAUUGAUUGGGAUGAUUUCAUCCUAUACCAACCUAACUUCACCAAACUUCAGUACAUCUAUCAAGUAAUGUAAAACUAUGAAUUGUCUUAAACGAAAUGCCAAAAACUUAAUAAAAUAUACAACCUCUUACAUCACCACUUAUUUUUUUAGUGGAUUUGAAAGGCAGAGUUUUUGCAAGCACGCCUCCCAGAAGAUCAAUGUAAACAAAACAUAGUUUAUUCAAGGCUUCAAGUACUAAAAACCUUGUUAUGAGAUGACAUCGGACGUUAGUCGAAACCUUUUUAAUUACUUGGUUCGAAACCUUUUUAAGCGAAAAAAACCAGAUUUUAUAGGAAUAGGCAAAAAAGAAGAAAAUAUAAGGCAGUUAGAGAGCAUGAGAUCGUCCAAUCUGCUGACAGAUAAAACAAAAAACAACUGGACGAUAACGAUGAUACAGUCAACGCAAACAUUGAAACAGAUUGUAAAAUGUUCAUUCAAGAAGCACAAAAAGCUGAAGCACUAGAAAGUAUUGUACUGUGACUCCCUUACGAGCUUCUCGCUAGAAACAAUUUCAGCAUUUAUGUCAAUGUGCCGUGACCUUUCCUCAAAAGGUUGGACCAAGACGUGAUCAAAAUUCAGUUAUUGGACUCCUUUUUUGUUAAAAACUCCAAGCCAUCAAGAUAAGACCCGGUAUCAAGACUUUGACCUAACAACAGGAUGUGAGAGAUUUUGCCCCGAUCUGAAGAAAACCCAUCCAACUAUGUUAUUUAGAUAAAAUUACCUCAAAGAGCUUCAAAGAGUGCAUUUUCAGGCGAACUGAAAACAAUCAUAUUUGAAAAUUUUCCAUCCUUUCCUUGGCAACCAUGGUGUCGCCUCGGGUAGUACGAAAACGUGUUCUUGAGGACGCAUAUUUAUCACAAAAAUUGAACAAAAAAUCUAUUUUUUCAUAUACAAAGUAGAAAAUAUAUUUGUUUGACUCAUUAAUUGAAUCUUUGUAGCUGCAUAAACAACAUUUUAACUAUGACUGUGCCUUCCCACUAAUGCAAAUGGCGAUACGAUGCACUUUCUCAUUGGUUCGGGGUCCUUCAGACAAAUGAAUAGAAUAAUAUAGCCAUAGGUAAAAUCAAUUUUAACUCGUCUCACCAUCAAAUACAAAUAACCAAUGUGAUUAAAUUAUUUUAAAACUAUUAGAACGUGUACUGUACAGCUACAUCUCAUCGGCUGAUUGUGUGAUUGCGUGCUGUCCAGGUCAGGGGUCAAGGCGAAUGACGCAAGCAUAGUAAAAGGACGCAAGCUUGUAUUUUCUAUUGACACAAGCUGCUGCUGACGUGGGGGCCUUUUGUUUAAUUGCUGGGUGAAGUUUCUGCAUUUCUUUACCCCUCAAAACUUUAUCGAAACAUCCUAAAAGGAAUUGUUUCACAAUAAAAAGCAACCCUUCUACCCAUGAUCAUCAUCAAAGCAAUAGGGUUUCAAAAAUUCGCCUAAUUUGAUUAGAAUAUGCUUGUUGUAUACCUAUUAAUCCCCCGUCUCGAUAUUGCUAGUGACGACGUAAGGGGAUUGUACAUAAAGUAAUGACGCUGGCUAGACUUAAGCAGGUUUCUUGAUAAAUAUACCAUGGACCUUUGAUCGGUUUCAGUUCGAAAUGGAUUCUGAGAUAGUAUACAAGUUGGGUGCAAGCACUGUGCUAUGGGCUCAGACCCAUUUGCACUUUCUAGAGUCGUUUCUUUUGUGGUGCUCACGAGCAGGAGACCCACGCAACAGCUUCCUUGUUUAUUUUCCAAUUUGCUAUGCAUUUAGAAGAGAUUUUGGAGUACAAUGUCUGUGGAUUUCGUCUUUGACAGAGUGGACCAAUGCCCUCUUAAAGUGGUUAUUCAAUGAUGACAGGCCCUACUGGUGGGUAAAAGAGAAAAAGUUUGAAAAUCCGAACAAUGAAUUGAAACAAUUUUCAGUAACUUGCGAGACAGGCCCAGGAUUUCCUUCUGGUCAUGUGAUGUCUGUAACAGCUGUUGGACUUCACAUUGCACUUGAAUUAGAUAAAUUGAUUGAUCAUGCGCCUCAUCUGAGUUUGCGAUUGAAAACACUCUUCAAGUUUCUUGUUUAUGCCACGUAUUUCUUCAUGAUAUUGUCCGUGGCUCUCUCAAGAGUAUACGUUUCAACACAUUUUCCUCAUCAAGUUUUUGUAGCGGCUUUCAUCGGAACCGCAGUAACACUUGCUGUUCAUAAUGUUUCAUGGUAUCUAGAUCUUUCGAGUGGUCUUGUGUGCUCUGUUUCGUCGAAUACAAUGCUUAUCAUCGCUAUCGUAUUCCACAAAGCUAUUAUUUUAUCAGGCUAUGAUCCAUCUUCUACCGUUUGCUUGGCAAAAAAAUGGAGCCGUAGAAAAAGCUGGGUUCAUUUAGACACAACACCCUUCUUCGCAAUAAUAAGGGACUGUGGUACACUCUUUGGGCUGGGGAUGUCAACAUUCCUUGAUAGCAGGUCAGCUGAGUCAUUCUCCGGUUUCAGUUUAUUGCUGACACUAAUUUUUGACUUCAUUUUUGUUAAAUCAGUCGAGAGCAUUAAUAUAUUUCACGAACAGGUUAUGUUAUUCUAUCUUCGUGCAUACCUAAAAUUUGCUUUGCUCCCUAUAAUCAUAACAGUUUUGACACCAUAUGUACUAGAAAGUUUCGAAAUGACGUUACAAUAUGCUUUAUAUUAAAGAUUCUUUAUUGUAAAUAAAUAUAGAAUUGUCAAAUAAGAAUUUUACCCACUACUUUUUAACUCGAAAGUUUCACUGAUCACUAAUUCAUAUUUUCACUCCUUUUUUGAUUUCCUAAAUGCCCAUCUGCACCGCAUUAAUUGACGUAUAGCCUGAAAUUGUUGCUUGCACUAAAAAAGGCCGAAUCAUUUGCAAUGAACUUAUGAGGAACUCGUGGUCAAGACAUCCGUUGCCCAUUCCGAUUUAGUUCGUAUAAGCCUAUUUUCUGCCUUGUGAUUGAAAUAUCGUACUGAAGUAAAAAAAUACAUAAAAUUGACAAUUGAUUUCGGCGUGGUAACUGUUUCAGAGUGUCACGUUGGUGAAUUUGCAUCUCAGAUAACAACAAGUUUGACUCUGAUAAUUAAGAAUUGUUACAUCUUUCUCUGUCCUCUUCAUAAAUAUUCAUGUUAAAUUUGUACAAGUUUGACAAUUAAAUCUCUAAAAAUGUUGCGCAGCAAAUGAUUCACGCAGCUAUAACUAUAAAAAAUACUAUCAAGAAUAUCUCACUGAUAUUGAACAGGGAGCUCCAUCUAGAAGGAAAACAUCUUUGAUCUCGCACUCCGUUUAAAGUCAAGGAUAACCAACAAAAUCAAUAUAUUGAUCGUAGAGAAACCAAGAUGACAAAUUUUUACCUAAAAGCUAAAUUUUUAUUUUAAAAUGGUAAGAGCAUUCAAAAUUCACCAAGCAGUGGCUACUAUUUUAGCAAUGUUCACUUCACUCUGGCCUUUAUAAUGAUCAAGAAAAAUUAACUGAUCAAAAUCCCAAAUGCAAAAAUAUUUUUCUUGAUAUUGCUUUAAACUGAACCAUAUUAUUGUCACAUCAUAUCGUGAAUCUCACAUCAAAGCUUUUCAAACGUUUUAAACGAAAGACUCUCGUUGAGUCAUCCUUCAUAAGAAAAUCGGAAGAAACAAUAAGUAACAAUAGUGAAUAUUGAGAACAGAAAUUUAAGAAGUAAAAAUAUCGAGCAAAGACCCUAAAGAGAGAGAUAGUAGAAGUUAAUUAGAAGAAUUUUGAAGGAAGAGGAAAACUGUUUUGUCUAUGGUUUGUGAUGCUGAAUUCAAGAUUAUUCGCCGCACACGCCUCUUAUUAAAGUUCAAUGAACUAACCUGGUUUCAAAUUGUAAAGCAUAUUUCCCCAAAAUGACGAGUAGUUACCGCUACCAACUCUAUGCUGAACUCUUAUGUAAUCGUUUCCGUUAUGAUCUGCCAUAAAUGCUUUGAUCGGAUAAAAAGUGUUUGACGACAACUGGCCUGGGUCCAUUUCUACCGAGCUCGGAUUCGAAUAGCUAACAAUGAAAAAAAUAUAUGCUUUCUGUAUUUGUAAAAGAUUGUAAAACGUUACAAUACAAUGAGACUGUAUUUAGCCAACAUCGGUUGAGAUACGUGCGAAACGAUCAUUGCCUGUGCUUUGAUCACAACGAAACCAGCCAGAUGCUCUAGAUGAUCUCUUGAAGUUCUAAGUCAUUCCUGGACCCUUUUCUUGAAUUUUAAAAUUCACAUCACACCGUCCCCCACCAAAUAUCCCCAUCCUAGAAGUAGGAGAUACAAAUGUUGCUACAUUAGCGACCUUGUUCCUAUGUGAUGAUGCUGAGUGAAGAAGCUUUUGUCAUCGCUAUUAAGCAGAAUGACUCCCCUGAUUUACAUAGAUUUACUUCCCUGAACAUCUAGCCUUGCAAUCGCAUAGAAGCCCAAUGGCAAAUUAAAGGCUUAAACUGAAGGGUUAUCAACAAAUCGAGCUAGAGAGGGAAUAAAUGAUAAUAUUAAAUAAUAUAAAAGAAUCAAAUUUCUACCAAAAAAUUUUAUAAAUGAUGUGAAUUAAUAAGAAUUCUUUACCGCAAUUGUUCACAAUUUGUAUUAAACAAAUCACAGAGGACUUUACAAAAAUAGCAAAGACAGAAUGUAAGACUUCAUUGCUUUAAUAUCUUGACCAAAACAAAGACUAGAGUGUAAAAAAUUGUCAAACGUCAAAAAAUAAAGCAUUUAUUACAUCAAGAAAUGUUUUUAAAAGUAUGAUGCUCAAAUCCCAAGAGUAGAGACGGAAACACGUAAAAUGACUUCUGAAAUUUCCUUUUCGCAAAGAAAACCAUGAUAAUUGAGUCAAUUACAUUCUUUCGACUUCUUACAUUUUGUUGGUCAAAUAUUCAAAUGAAUAUCAUCAUGUUUUCAAAAUCCUUGAAACAAAGCGUAUUUUGUUAACAGGGUCUUUGCUGAUAACUGCACUUAGUGUUGAAGAAUAAUUUGAAUGACAUCAUUUGCUGUUGCUUGAAAAAUGAAGAUUACUUUUCUAUUUAGAGAAAAAAAUGCAAAAUUUUUCCUUUUCUUAUCGAUGAUAUCCUGAUAAGGAGGAGGCUGUUUUCCUGGGGAAUGAGAACUAGUGACGUAGUUCUCUCUAAAAGGGAAAUGAAUGCUAUUACAUUGUUUCUCGACUCGACUGGAUUUUGUCGAAAAGGAAUUGUAUCUUUGAAAGAAAUAUAAAUAUUGGUUACCCAUUGAUCUUCUCAAGUAUGUUUUAGGUAUAGGCUUUACAUCUGUUGCAUCAGGAAAUUUCACACCAGGCCGAAAAAAUCCGGUGUUAUGGGCUGUACCGUUGUCAAAAGCAACGAUUUCAUAUCUGAAUCCUUUUAGUAAGUCAACUUCAGCUGAAUAUUUCCUGCAGUGAUAGAAAAUAUGUUUGCAAUUUCGUGUUGAAUGCAAGUUACAAAUAAUUAUGGCAAAAUAACACAAUAUGAUCAAAGACAUAAUUAAAUUUUGAACUAAGUAGGAGAAUACACGAGCACGAGCAUCUCCAGGUUUAUAGUUGGUAAAUCUUAUAGUUGGAUUGAACUUUGAAGGUACUUUGAUUUGAUAGGAUCUGCAAAUGAGAGUUAAAAUGGCAGUGUAAAUGUAUACUGUACCAAGAAGUUUUAUUUCAAUGAAUAUUAUAUAAACGAAUAUCGAUAUAAUAUCUUGAACUAAGUAGGAGAAUACACGAGCACGAGCAUCUCCAGGUUUAUAGUUGGUAAAUCUUAUAGUUGGAUUGAACUUUGAAGGUACUUUGAUUUGAUAGGAUCUGCAAAUGAGAGUUAAAAUGGCAGUGUAAAUGUAUACUGUACCAAGAAGUUUUAUUUCAAUGAAUAUUAUAUAAACGAAUAUCGAUAUAAUAUCAUAUACCUCCCAUAUUUUUCCAUAUUCUGUUCAAGACUGUUCUGGUUAAAAAUAGUUUUAUCAAAAUCACUGAAUUAAUUUUUACUGUUCUGCUCUUAAUCUUUUUAAACCUUUUAGCUCGUUGUUUCUUAUUUGUUGUUUAGCUAUCAUUAUUUUCUGCUCUCAUGAAUGGCAAAAAGCGAUUUAUAGCCAUAAGAUAACAAUAUGAUAAAUAUUAAUUCCAAUUACGGUUUCCACGGCCUGAUCCUCCUAAACUUGAACUCCAAAAAACAGCUUUACUAGUUUUCCCUAGAGUAAACAAUAAAAGGAGUACUGACGCGCUGGCAGGAGGGGGAAGAAGGCAAUUGCCCCCCCCCCCCCCUGGCAACCAAAUAGUUGGCAAACGAGGACAAUUUACAUAAAAGAACUAAACAAUACUAAAGACGGACUUGUAGAGAGCAACAAUCACCUUGCAAGAAUCACCUCGUCUUUCUUAGAAACUUUGAUGCGCUUAACAACGAUUGUCAAGCACCAUCUCAAGAUCUCACACUAAAUCUAAAUGCUUUUUGCACAAAGCAGAUACCAGGGGCUUCAUUCUUUUUUACUAUAUAUGCAUCCUAUCGAACAGUCACGCUUUUUCGUUUCGAUGUAAAAAGACAAAUUAUAAGCUGGAUUACUUGAUGAAUAUACUUGAUACAUCUUGAAGUAUGGUUUAAAUAUGGCAAGAGAUGUCCGAACGAAAUUUUGGAAGUUAAGGUAAUGAUUUUCCUACUAUUUUGUGCUAUAGUAAAAACGCGUGCAGGUUCAUCGGCAGGGCCUAAUGAAAAUAUAGGUGGUAUCCGAAGAGUUAAAAUCUUACUUAAACGUUCCAUAAUCUUGCGACAAAAAAGACAUAACUGAAACGAAACAAGAAAUAAUGGCUUGAGUCACCAGCAUGAUGGAGAAAAUAAAAAGCUUGGAGACAAACAUCAAUGUUUUGGAAUCCAAAAACGCCAUUUUGGAAAGUCAUAUUGCUCGCUUGAAAUCAAACCAAGAAAGCCAUGAACAGUACUCUCGCAGAUUAUGCUUAAGGAUUGUCGACAUCGGAUUCUCUGAAGAUAGUAAUCAUGAGACAAGUGAAGAUGUUUUCCACAAAGUUGAACACGUUUUACAGAAAUUGGAGUUGGUCUGCGCCAAUCGGAUUGGUCCAAAAUAAUCAGGAUCUUUCAUGAGUUUAGAGAGACCGCCACCUCCCUACCCCAAAUCUCCCUCAAUAGUGCCGUCACUGAUUAUCAUUGUUGUGCUGUUUAAUGAAACAGCCCCCACAAGGACAAUCAAAAAACUGUAAGGUAUUACAAAGAAUAACAUACUCUAUUUGAAAAUUCCCGAUCACGCCUAAUUGGAAGGUUUUUCAGUACGCCACAGAAAGAGAGAAACAUAUCUGCGUGCUUACGAGCUCUUGUACUUUUCUGCACAUUUCCAAAACUUUGAAUGAAAAUUUGAAGAAAGCCAAUUGAAGGGUGCCAUUUGACCUUUUGCCCCCCCCCCCUUCGAUCUCAUCCCUAGCACGCCACUGAAACAGAGCAGAGCCCACUUGAUGAUAUUUAUUCCAUGGCUACAUAAAUGUCUUUUCAAUAUUUUAACGCAAAAAAUGCAAUUCAAAUACCACCAGAAAAAGACAACAACAAACAACUCAAAACAUCGCUGUGCGUAAGAGUAUGACGGUAAGCUAAUCGAAAGAAAGUAAAAUUUUUCUAGAUAACUAUAAAAAUUUUACUAUAGAAGAUUGAGUGUGUAAAAUAUUUGCAUUGAAUUUGAAAUCAUGAUAACAAGCCAUGUCUUUGAAAAUAUAUCUUUAAUAACUAAACAGAAUAUAUCAUCUUAAAGUGUAAAUCAUCUUUAAGGACCAAGUCUAGGUUUGUUUUUAAAUUCUUCAUAAUUCUACAUUAACUUUGAGGCUCUUUUCUUUAUGAUACCCCGCAAAAACGAUUGAUCUUCUACACUGAAUAUGCAAUUGACCCUGAUCACUUUAAUUUAUGUGAGGACUUCGAAAAAAAUAGUUUUGAAAACCACUUAAUUUUUUCCACUGUCCUCCUAUUUUUCGAAGUUUUCUUUUUCUAACAAUACACU